AUGAGGACUGUCUUGGUGUGCCUGCUGGCGGUGGUGGCGCUGGUGGCAGCGGAGACCCAACAACCUACCGCUGACAGUGCCGCCCAGUCGUCGACGGCCAAAGAGAAGCGCGGCAUUCUGGGACUGGGCAGCUACGGGGGCUACGGCCUCGGCAGCUACGGAGGCUACGGCGGCGGAUACGGCUAUGGCGGCGGCCUAGGUUACGGAGGCGGUAUCGGCUACGGAGGCGGUAUCGGCUACGGAGGCGGUCUCGGUGGCCUGGGAGGCGGUCUCGGAGGCUUCGGAGGAGGCCUGGGAGGAGGUCUGGGAGGAGGCAUCGGCGGCGGUGCCGUCGCGGUGACCACCGUGAACCAGGCGGUCCCCGUGCCCGUCCCCGUGCCCCAGCCGGUCACCGUCACGCGUGCCGUACCCGUGCCCGUGCCCCAGCCGUACCCCGUCUCGGUGCCCCGACCCGUCCCGGUGCCCCACCCCGUGCCCGUCCCGGUAUCCGUGCCCCGACCCUACCCGGUAGCCGUCCCGCGUCCCGUACCCGUCAAGGUCCCCCACCCCGUGCCCGUCUCCGUGCCCCAGCCCGUGCCCGUGACUGUGCCCCAGCCCGUACCCGUGCCCGUUCCCCAGCCCGUCCCAGUCAGUGUGCCUCAGCCCGUGGCCGUCCCAGUCGCCACCCCGGUCGUCGCUGUAGGUAGCGGCCUGGGAGGAGGCUACGGCGGCGGCCUGGGAGGCGGCUACGGCGGCGGCCUGGGAGGCGGCUACGGCGGCGGCCUGUCCCUCGGCGGAGGAUACGGAGGCGGUCUCUACGGCGGCAGGUACGGGGGCUCCAUCGGAUACGGCGGAGGCUACGGGUACGGCGGCAGCUACGGUGGCAGCUACGGUGGUCUCAGUUCUGGAUACGGGUACGGCCACGGCAUCCACUAG